AUAAGAAUCCCCGGAAAGUCUCCUCUUUGCCCCCGCUACUAUGUCGUUUCCCCACCGUCCUCCUGUAGUUGUCAAUGGAAUCAGGAGAAUGAGGACUUUCCAUUACUAUUGGUGUCGUGUGUGCCAACGGACAGUUCGGCUCGCGCCUAACAAUCCGUAUGAAAUAUCUUGUCCGUUCUGUUACAAUGAGCUGCAUUGCGAGCUUGAUGUGUCGAGGCCAAGAUUGGUGGCUAAUUAUGGAGGCCGCGUGCCAAAUCGGGCUGUUCAAUUACUUGAUGGCAUGGCUCGACUGCUCGACCCGCCCCCAACGAUGAGGCGGGGAUUUGACAUUGGCAGGAGGGCCAUCUGGGAAACAGAAAGCGGAGAUGGCCCAUUUUCAAGAUCAUGGGUUACACUUCAAUUCAUGGAACGACCUCGCAGGCCACGGCUUGUCCAUCCACCGGAAAACCCGGCUCCUAGAGCGAAUUUUAGGAGCAAUGACGGCGGGGAUGAGAAUUCCUUAAAUGAGCUUAUCGAAGAGUUGACACAGAAUGACCGCCCGGGACCCCCUCCUGCACCUGCUUCAGCUAUGGAAGCCUUACCCAUGGUUGUAGUAACCGAAAAUCAUCUGAGCAGUGGCAUUCACUGCCCGGUAUGCAAGGAAGAGUUUGAGAUUGGUGGCGAAGUAAGGGAGAUGCCGUGCAAGCACUUUUAUCAUUCGGACUGCAUCAUCCCGUGGCUGCACAUCCACAACACAUGUCCGGUCUGCCGCCACGAACUUCGUGAAUCUUCCGGUAACGAAUUCCCCGGCAAUGGUGAUGAAGAGUCUGAUGACGAACAAGAUACAAGCGGGAUGAACUCGUGGUGGAGUCACUUGUUUUCCUCGUGGCCAUUCCAAGCAUUCUCGCGGUGGGUACAUGAAGCCCUCGAUUUUCCAGAACAAAGGGCAGGCACUUUGGACGGGGGUAGAUCCUGGUGGCACUCCUGGCUCAUUAUAUAACUUCGUUGAGGCAAAGGGCAUGGCUGCUGUGUCAAUGGUGCAUGUCCUACAAACUCCAUAGCUCUCAGUUCAUCUCAUUUAAUGGUAAGUACUUGUAUAUACUAACUUCAAGAUAGGACUUCGAUCCAAGAUUAGAGAAAAGGAGGGAAAAAUGAAAAAAAAAAAAGUAGAGGUUUUGGCGACAUCUUGGGGAGACGUUUCCAAGCAAAAAGAAGGAUAUAUAGCAAGUUAAUGUUGUUGGGCGGAUAGUAUGGUGCAUCAGGUAGAGCAGAGCAGGAUUUGGAUCUCCAUGGCAUGAAGGGCCAGUCAAUAACUUCAACCUUACCAGCAACUUGAGCUUCAAACAGAGUUUCAACCCCAGAAGGAGAUAGAGGGGGAGCUAUCAUCAGUUGAAACUUACACGUUAGGAAAGAAAUGUGAAUUAAUUUGUGUUGUUAUGGCAACUGUACAUACUUCUUUUUUUCUUCUUCAUAAUUCUUCAUAUUGACUGAUUAUGAAAAAAAGGAUUUCAAUAAUUAUAAUUUUAACUUUCAAA